CAUUUAGGUAAAUUUUGAGGUUAGUCAAAAACCAGCUGAGAUUACAUCGUUGCUUCGGUAGAACUUCACUUUUGGGUCAUGUCUUUGGGUUCUUUUGGAAAGAUUGCUGUUUGUUGGUCGGUCAUUACAUUCGCUGGAGUCUCUGGGUUCAUUUUGUCGAAAAAUUCUGUAGAUAAAAGGCGUUAUCAGGAUAUGCAAAUACGCGAACGCAUGCGAAAAUCGAAUAUUGGUGAUUACGAGCCCAUUGGUGACAGACGUUUCAGUGGUUAAACAAAUAAAACGUUAACAAUAACAAUAACUUAAGACUCCUUUACACCCUUAUACAGUGGGUGGAACUAAAAUAAACCUCUGCUAUUAAGAAAAGGAUAUAACGUACACAAUGGCUAUGCCACAAAUUAGUCAAGCCGAUCAGGCUAAAUUACAAUUGAUGCAAGAAAUGGAAAUCGAAAUGAUGUCUGACUUAUAUAACAGAAUGACAAAUGCCUGUCACAAGAAAUGCAUCCCACCACGCUAUGGCGAAGCUGAGCUGGGUAAAGGCGAAAUGGUCUGUAUUGAUCGCUGUGUCGCCAAAUACUUAGAUAUUCAUGAGAAAAUUGGCAAGAAACUAACCGCUAUGUCCAUACAAGAUGAGGAACUCAUGAAGAAGAUGUCCGGUUAAAUCAUAAAAUACCCCAGUUAGCAAAACCAUCUAUUAUUUAACAACAAAUAGUUUUAAGUUUGAUGUCCUAUCACACGAACUAUAGCCUGGUUUCCAACAACCUUUUGAAUAUGUUUUAAGUUGUUGCUUGUGAUAGUUUUGUCGGGAAAACCAAUACAAUGUUUUGCUGUGCAAAAGUAGAAUAUGUGAAUGUAAAUGUUGUAAAUGCAUUUCUUACGAGUAAUAUCCUUACUCAAUUAAAUAAAUAGUUCAAU